UGGAGGGAAACCUGGCUCUAAGGUUGUAACCCAGAUUAUUUUUGGUAUUGAGACAAAAAUGGCUGCAUUGGACCUUUAAGACAAUUAUCAGACACGGACAUGAAGGCGCUGUAGAUUAACUAAAGGAAAUUGUGUGAUAGGCUAAUAGACACUGUUUGCUCCAUCUUGCGGAUAUAGUCUACACCGUGGUUGGUUAAUUUGAGCUAAACGCCAAGGCCUACAGCUUGUGUCAACCUGUCAAAGUGUAAUUUGCAACGGACGUCAUGUGAUCAUUAAACCCGUUUAGAAAAGGAAAGAUUACCGUGCAUCUAGGAGAGUGUACACUGGGCAGUGUGCUUGUUAAAGAGGCUCGGCUAUAGCGUCUGCUAUUGACGUCGAGACAAAAUAUUGUUUGUGGACAUCGGAGUCAAACGACCCAUUAGCUGACCUGAAAUGCGCUCAGCACCUUGGAGAGCUCUCGCGCGUAGUGAAUCACUCGGCGGCGUGGUGCGUACAGAUCAGAAGCGCCACUGUCUGACAAUUUAGUGGAAAUCACGCUAUGACGAAUUUCACGGUGCUGUUUCUGCUGAUGUGUUGUGUUCUAUGUGUGCACUUUCUGUCUGUCGGAGUAGAGGCAAGAUUACCGGACGUUCCGUCGUUGGAAACACGAGACUCACGCAAGCAUAAACAGUUGGGUGUCCCUGUCCAUGAUAGGGGACAGCUUCAGAGGGAAAUAUCUUCCUCCGUUUUGAGAAACAAGUUCAACCGCCUUCCUGGAGUAUGUCAACGUCUACGCAGAAGGAGAAUCACAGUUCUGUGCAAUUCCAACGUGGGCAAGUACUGUUCGGUCAAAGAAGGAGCUCAACAUGGCCACAUUUGCCGCUGUCCAAGAGCAUCAAAGUGUAAAUACUUCUUUCUGAGGAGUCUGUAGAGCUCAAUCUAGAUCGCCUUUGUCUGUUGUGCUGUUUGUCUCCCGUCAAACUGUUUUGACUACUAAAUAAAUGCAUAUUUUCAAGAGAAAAAUAUAAUGAACACUU